ACACUGACGGCAAGCUCCUAUUUAUUUCCCGUCGCACAAUCGUGACGAAAUACAUGUGCGCCGAAGAUCGUGCGUGUUUGUUGUGGGUGCGUGUGACAGGUGACAGAGGUGCUGACAGCACAGAAGGUGUACUGUUGAUCAGGUGUGCCACAGAAAGUCUGACAUGGAGCCAAUCCCAAACACGGACCCGGACCAGGAUCUGGACCCCAGCACAGACGACCUGCCACUGAAGGCGAACACCAACCACAUGCUGGUGAAGCACUAUGUGCUGGACCUGACCGUUCACUUCGACCGCGAGGUCAUCAGCGGAAGCAUCGUCCUGUUCCUGGAGGCGGGGAAAUGGACGGGACAUGAGCGUGGGGCGGGGUCCGGACCAAACCCCUCCCCCUCUUCCACAGGCCGCACCCCCGGGACGGAGCGUCCUGUCUCGGACUCGGCCGGCGGUCCCGUCGCCGGGGCAGUUGGGGACUGUUGCCACGGCGACCCGCAGCCCUCCGCGGCCGCCUCGGAUGGGGUCUCCGCCGGGCGGGAAGAGGGGUCCUGGGAGGACGGGGGAGGUGAUGGCGAUUUCGUCCUGGUGCUGGACUGCUGUGACCUUGCUGUACGGAAGGUGGAGGAGGUGGAUGUGGCCUCGGUUCCAGGUAUGGGGUCGCUGUUCCCCGGAGGGGUCAAAGGGCGCUCGGACGGGGCUUCCCUGGUGCGCGAGCUGGCCUCCAUGCCUUCCUCACGCUGGAAGCAGCAGCAGGACCUGUACUCCCAGUGUGCCCGUGCCCCUGCCCCACCAGCAGGGGGCGCUCUUCAGUUCCGCACUGACCGCUGGAGUCUCCAGAUUAGGAAGAGGGGGGUUCAGGCGCCCCACGCCUUUCCCCUCGCUGUGAGGAUCUGGUACCAGACAAAACCGGAGGGAGCUUCAGUGAGGUGGACCAAAGACCAGAGUGGCAGGCCAUGUGUUUACACCCAGGGCUCGCCCAUCAACAACCGAGCCCUCUUCCCCUGCCAGGAGCCUCCGGUUGCCAUGUCAACCUGGCAGGCCCAGGUGCGCGCCCCCAGCGACUGUGUGGUCCUCACGAGCGGGGAGAACGAGGCCUGUCCUGUCCCAGAGGAGACAGGGUUUUCCUGCUGGGAUUAUUACGUCACAAUGCCCAUGCCAGCCUCCACUUUCACCAUAGCAGUAGGGCAAUGGGUGGAAGCCAAGGCAAUGACUGAUCCCAGGAGGAGGACGGAUGUUGUGGGCGUGAAUCUCCCUGCGAGUGGCAGCUUGGAGCAGAAAUUUACUCCUCAGGAUGGUGAGCCAGAUUCACUCGGUGUGAGCGAGAAAUCCUGCUCUGGGGUAGAUUCCUCAGGUCUGGCCGGCGAGGAACGGACCCGGCACUCUGACAUCGAUUGCUCAGGUCUCACUAACCCGGAGCCCUGCAGCCACAUGGAUUACCCGUGCCGGUUCCCCGACACUGCAGCCCAGGGUCAGGCAGUGCUCCCGCACCGGGUCUUUACCCCGCCCAAUCUCCAACAGCAGGCGGAGUCCAUGCUCCUCCCCCUCCUGCCCCCCUGCCUGGCUGCCGCCCACUACCACCUCGGGGUCCACCCCUUCUCCCGCCUCGAUGUGCUCAUUGUCCCCCCUGGAUUCUCCAGCCUCGGGAUGGCCAGCCCACACAUGGUGUUCCUGUCUCAGAGCGUGCUGUCGGGAGAGAGCGAGCUCUGUGGCGCCAGGCUGUGCCACGAGAUUGCCCACGCCUGGUUUGGCCUGGCCAUCGGAGCUCGUGAUUGGACGGAGGAGUGGAUCAGCGAAGGCUUUGCCACCUACCUGGAGGAUGUGUUCUGGGCUCGGGUUCAACAGAGGGCGGGGGACGAUGGGCAGCUGAAAGCUCUGCUGCGCUGGAGGAGGCUGAGGGACGAGCUGCAGACCUCAGAGGAAGAGCUUCAGGUCCUCAGGCCUAACAGGGAGAGCACGGGCGAGGUGAGCGAAUCAGGGGCCUCUGUGGUGAAACACGCUCUGAACCCCGAGAAGCCCUUCAUGCAGGUGCACUAUCUGAAGGGCUAUUUUCUACUCAAGUUUCUGGCCAGUAAAAUCGGAGAAGAGGAGUUUCUCAGAUUCAUCCGCCUCUUUGUGUAUAAAUGCCAUGGACAGCUUAUUCUAUCUCAGGAUUUCCUGCGGAUGCUUUUUGAAACAUUUCCACACGUACAGAGUCAAGGCCUUACCCUUGAAGCUGUUUACUCAGACUGGCUUGAUAGACCGGGAAUUCCGGAGAGUAGGAGUGUGUGCAGUGCAGUUGUUUGAGGAGGAGUGACAAGGAAGGAGGCUCACGCACGCACUCGGUGGGCCGUAUCCAAUCAGAAACUGGCUACGCCGCGCGUCCCUGAGGGGGAGGAGCUGACACGCUGCCAUGGGAACGGCGGAGCUGUUGGCCAUGUCUGUCACGGGAUAUUAACAUGUCACGAGGGGGAUAAAUAUGGCCAUCUCUUUUUCUUCUGAAUGAGUUUAACUCACAUAGAUACACGUCGUCCAGAUUACCCGUACGUGAUAAACUCCUGCCAGUUGCUUUGCCUCGGGAAGCGAAAAUAUGCUUUUCUGUGAGCCACACAGCUGCUGUUCUGGGAGAACAACUGGGUCACAGACACUGACUAACCAGAGGGGGCGCUGUUGUGUGAGGAUGCGGGGUCAACCCUGUCUUGGCCAGUGCUUUUGCCACGUGAUUAUUCAUCUACUGCCAGGAUAGGGAACCCUUUUUUGGGGGAACAUGUCUAAUGCGUAUGAGGUGUGUGACUGUGUGUGUGUGCUUGUCUGUGUGUGACUAUGAGUGUGCGUGUGUCAGUGAGAGUGUGUGUGCAUGUGUGUGUGAGUUUGCGUGUGUAUGUGUGCAUGUUUGUGUGAAUGUACGUGUGAGUUUGUGUGUAUGUGCAUGUGUGUCUUUGUGUAUCUGUGUGAAUCUGUGUAUGAGUUUGUCUGUGUGAGUGUGUGUACAUGUUUGUGUGUGAGAGUGUGUCUGUGUGAGUGUGUGUGAAUGUGUGUAUAUAUGUGUGUAUGUGAGUGUGUGUGUGUGUGUGUGUGUCUGUGUCAGUGUGUGUGUGUGUGUGUGUGUGUGUGUGUGUCUGUGUCAGUGUGUGUGUGUGUGUGUGUGUGUGUGUGUGUGUGUGUGUCUGUGUCAGUGUGUGUGUGUGUGUGUGUCUGUGUGUGUGUGUGUGUGUGUGUCUGUGUCAGUGUGUGUGUGUGAGUGUGUGUGUGUGUGUGUGUGUGUGUCUGUGUGUGUGUGUGAGUGAUUAGGCCGUUUACGAGCGAGCCACAGGAAGAUUGCAGGAUAAAUGCAGUUUCUUCAGGCUGUGCGAGAGCGAGGAACAAAAGCGUGGCUAUGCAGAGAGAGGGAGACUCGUCUCAGCCAUAAAACAGCUAUGUGUGGCAUCCCCACAAACAAUAGUGCUUUACUGCCGCUCUCUGCCCUGCAUAAGGUUCACAUUCUGUACAUCCCACUCUCUCCCCCUCACACACUCAUAUGCUCACACGCACACACACACACGCACACACUGACACACACACUGACACACACACACUCACAUGUGCACACACACACGCGCACACACACUCGUAUGCUCACACGCACACACACGCACACACUGACACACACACGCACACACACACACUCACAUAUGCACACACACACACACACACACAUUCACAUAUGCACACACAGGCACACACACACUCA